AAGGUCACGGUGGUGGAAAAGGUAUGAGUUUGGCGUAAAACCUUUUCUCGAUUCGACACCCGGUCCACCGUUUCACACGGCAUCAUCCCUUGGAUGCGCCAAACUCCAUAUACCACAUGUCUAUUCACUUCCCUGUCAGUCCACGCUUAUCUGCCAUGCCAGGCCCAGUCAUCGUGGUCGAUUUGCUGCCGGAAUCUCCAGAAGCUAUGGUGGCAGCCGCUGCUGUUCCGCGACAAGCUCCAGCUAUGACUAUAUCAUCUUCGCGUCUCCCUUCCUCAUCAUUAUCCGGAGCAUCAUCAUCAACAUCAUCAUCAUCACCAUCACCCGCACCGCCUCGACCUCUGCUUGCUUCCAGUGCGACGCCAGCUCCCUCUUCUCGACUGGAAAAACAACUGCCACGGACGCCACCAGAACUCGAGAUUCAAGAAAAGAACCGGACGCGUCCACGAGCUCGACCAAACGUCACCAUCCGAAUUCCCAAGCGGGGCUGGCCGAACUCUUCCGCCAUGAGCAAGCCAGCGUUGUUGACAGAGGCCGAAUAUGAGGCUCUACCACCCUCUAUCCAGCGAAAAUAUUUCUCCUCUCUGGAGCGUUUGAGAAUUGCAGAGCACACCGCUCAACAGCAGCAGCAAACAAAGUCGCGGCCGUUGGCUCGGUUUCCUGGUCCCGUUGUUGUUACAAAAACCUCAUCUCCCACCACCAGCCGACCUCGUCCCUGGACCCAAAGAGGCAAUUCACGCGUACGGAAGUCGCACUCAUUACAACGAGAUUGCACCAUCUCCCACGCUGAGGCUCAGUGGUUCUUGUCUCUUCCUGAAAAAGUCCGUCGUCAACAAUUCUCUCGCGAGGAACAAGUCUUGCUAGCUGGCGGCCUGGAUACAUAUUACCUUGAUCACCUGAACGAGAAGUCUGGCCAGCCGGUUACUGCUGUGGAACGACAUCACGACUGCGAUCUUGACUACGAAUCUGAUCCACUUUCGGAGAAACGCGGCUGUCUAACCAACCGUCACUCUUCCCACUUGCUCCGGAAAGACAGCUUUACCAAAGACAAUUCCGAAUUGGUGUGUAUCGACGCCAUGGCCCCAUCUCCGGAAGUCAUGACCCAACGGCCUCGCCGCAGCUCCAUGCGUCGAACCAUGUCGAGCACGAGCGUGACGCUGAGCCCUCUCCGUCAAUCUACAUCAUCGACGCCGUCUGUACAAUCAUCAUUUGGUUCGAGACGACCUCUUCUGAGACCUCGCGCACAAUCUCACGCCAUGCCUGCAUUACUGGACACCGGUAGAACUUCAGUGGAUGGUCCAGCAAAACACUAUCAGGAUCCCGAUGCCAGACAGAAACUCAAGACAUAUCUCGGAUCCGCACAGAAAUUCGACGAGGCAAUUGAGUUUGGCUUUCCGUCGACACACACCGAGGAACCAGCUCCAAGCAAGGUAGAAACCGUGUCGAGUGGUCUAGUCAGCUACGAUGUUGCCAAUUUUCUACGCGAUGAGGUUCUAUCCUGCAUGGAAUCUUACGCUGGCGACCAGUCAGACCGCGCAUCAGCAAGAAGCGAAGCAGAUACGGAAGGAGACCUUGACAGCCCUGUUACACCUUCCGAUUUUGCCCAUCUUGGAUUCCGUCAUGGCGGGCGAUCCAACUUUUCCUCCCUCGAUUCAAGUGGGCUUCCACCGUCAUGGCCCAAUCUAAAGCCAUACCCGCAAGAUGCUCAGCAGGAUCUAUUUUCGGGAGCGCGCGAGAUGACUCUACGAAUGACGCUCACUAGACCGGAUCUACGUGCGAACGAAGAAGAAUUAUACGGGUGGCGAUACUCGUCGCAAGCCCCAUCCAAAGAUCCUCUGGCGCUCGAGGCACUCCCUGCCUUUACCAGUGACGUGGACGGGUCUCACAGCCCUUUCUCCAACAACAGCCCGCGAUCAAGCCUAAUCGGACGGCUUUUUGGCAAAAUCAAGAAGAAGACGUGACACAUCUUCCAUCAAAAAGUUCCGCAGCCGUUCCUUCAACCUACUACUUUAAUUCUCUGUAUGUUUUCAUUGGACUUUAAUUGUAUUUUCUCGUGUUCCUAGUCAUUAGCACGGCGUCGUAGGGAUUUGUUGUUGUCUCUCGGGAGCUUUCCCCAAGUUGUUUGUCCUUGAGUAUGCAAGGGCAUGUCGCGCCGAGUGCGACCUAGCGAUGUUUC